AUGUCUUGCCACAAACAGAACUUCCAGUGCUUCAGCGCUGUAGGAGGACAAGGUUCCCACAAGUCCUGUCCCCCCUUCAAGCACCCCACAGCUAGACUACCCAGAAUCCCCCACCACGGCAUGGUGGCCCAUCAUGACCUUUUGGAGGAAUGCUGUCUAUGUUCCGAGUAUCACCAUGCCAUGGAAGCAAGGGAGAACCACUUGUUGCCUUUCUAUCAUGCUCACCCACCGUACCACCAUCACUGUCCACACCAGUAUGUUCCCAGGGGGCCGAGCCGGCCUGAAGAGGGCCACUCACGCAGCGAACACCACCUUCAUCACCGCAGAUGUAAAAAGAGGGUGGUGCUGGUGAAAAACAGCGACCCUUCAUGUAGGAAGGUCAUUGUACUCCACCACAGGAUCCUGCGCAGCUUUGCUCUUUUUUUGGAGGAAGUCUCUGAGCUCAUGCAGUACCACAUUAGGAAACUGUACACUCAGGAGGGUCGCAAGAUUGACAGUGUUCCGAGUCUUUUGCAGUGUCCGGGUGUUCUUGUUUGUGUCGGACGGGAGCCCACUCACCCUUCCAUCAUUGAGAACUUUGAGAAAAGAUCAGAUGACAAACUUCCAGGGAUGAGUCCGAAGCCACACUCCACCAGAUGUACUAAUGGACAUGAAAAAGAUAAAACAAGCAUCAUCUCUUCAAAUGUGGAAUCUUACAGCAGGUCUACCCAGAAAGCAGCACCAUCUGACACGUCUGGACCGGAUGGAACUAACUCACCAGACCUCGGUGCUUCCUGCCCACCCACUGACAAAAGCGUAAAAGAGGAUGACAUAGAAAAACUGGUUCGUGUCAACAAAGAUGGCAGCUUGACCAUGGAGAUGAAAGUUCGCUUCAGAUUACAAAAUGACCAAACGUUGCAUUGGUCCACAAAAGUAAGAAAGACAAAGAGUGGGACUUGUGAUUACACCCAAGGACAUAAUAAUAGUGAUUUUGCACAGGUUUGUGAUGUAAGCUGUUCAGAAUCAGAGAACAUUUCUGCUGAGGAUGCUUGUUUUCCUCAGCACCACCAAGGACACAUAGAGGAGCCUCACUGUGCUCACUGCUGCAGUCACUGUCAGGAUUAUGACCUCUGGAAACCAGGGACACGCGGUACAAGUCGCUGCAUUCAAAGCUCCAGCUCAAGUGCAUCUUCUCUCACUGUGGUUUCUAGAAAAACUGUUGUAGAAAGGCAGACGGUGUCUAGAUCGAGUGAAGAUCUCACAGAGGAAAUAGUGGAGAGAGAAACUUGUGUAACACAGAGCAUCAAGGCAGCUGAAACUGUGGAGUUUUGCACUAUGAGGAGUGAGAGUUGCUCACCAAAUUCCAACAUGCCAUCACCUAAACUGAACAACGAUGAGGCUGCUGGUAUGUCCGGCUGUCAAGAUGACGUUCUGAAAGUUAAAUCUGAUCAGGAACAAGAAGAAUCUGUAGAAGAUGAAGUAAAAAAGGAUGGUUCGCUAACAGCUUCUAGAGCAUCUUCUCAAGAUAGUGACACAAAAACAAAAGUUGCACCAGGAAGUGAAAUGUUGGAUAUUUCAAGCUCCACGGAUAAAAGAUCCACUGCUUCUGGACACACAAGGAAGCCAAAAUUGUCAAAGCCCUCACUCACCUGUCACUGUGGAGUUUCUGCAGGUUGUCAGGAUGAAACAAAAGUAAACAUCAUGACUCAAACUAAAGAGCAAGAGGAGCUACAAGAGCAAACUAGUGCCAUCGCUGUGGGAUCAAAUGCAUUUGAGGAAAUGCAGAACACAGACCACAAAGAAGAGAGAAGAGGAUCCAAAAGUGCCAUGUCAGAUCAUCCAAAUGCCUCAGCGAGAUGCAACUCGGAUGCUUUAGGAGUUGAAUCUGAAGAUGAAGAGGCAGGAAAGAGACCAUCCAGCAGCACAUCUGUGAAAUCUGUAAAGUCUGAUUCAUUGCCUGACCAUUGCAAGCCAGAAAGAGUUUCAUCCAAAGCCUCUAUCAAAUCAAAAGAGUCAAGAGGAUUGCGUACCACAGGUGAAGAACAAGCUGAGGAGGAGUUAGAGCAGAGGACGCCAAGCGUGAUGUCGGUUGCAUCAAAUGUGUCGGCUGAGUUAAAACAUCUUGAGGCAAAUGAAGAGGAAACCACUCAGCUCUCAGCUGAUGAAGCAGAGCCAAGAGCAAAAAGCACCAAAUCAGAAAAGUCCGAUGUUUCUGGGAGGUCGCGAUCUUCUGAAGUAACAGCUGCUGAAAGUGACACCUCAAAGAAUAUAAGACCACAAAGCACCAUGUCAGUCAAAUCCACAAGAUCUGUCCAGGCAAAUGUCUCCCCAGAAUCCAGCGAAUUUAAAACAACAGAUGUGUCAAAUAAAGGAAGUCAAGACAAUACGGAGGAUGGAAACGAUGGAGAGCAAAGUGAGGAAGAAACAGGCGAGAUACCAGAGACCUCUGAAGUCAGAUCAUCUAGUGGCGUGUCCAUCAAAUCAGACCAAAGAGCAGAAAGUGUCAUAUCAGUCAAAUCAAACACCUCAGCAGUGUCUACUAAGUCCAAAGCUUGUGAAGACGGUGAUGAGCAACAGGAAACUGCCGGUAGAGCCAGUUGCAUGUCAGAUAAAUCUAUCAGGUCCGUGAGUUCGGUAAGAUCGAGUCAGUCGAACUGCUGUGACAAGUCAGAGAGAGAAAACUGUACAGAGACCUGUUCAGCUCCCAAAUCAGAAACCGGGAGGAGAUCAGCGAGCUCACUGUCAGACAAAUCAAACAGAACAGAAUGCUCUGCUCAAGAGCCAGAUGUUGGAGAAAAUCAGGAGUUAAAAUCUGAAAAGAGAGCAACAAGCAGCGCAUCAGUCAAGUCACAUUCAGAGAGUAAGUCAGCAAAAUCACAUAAUUCCACUAAAUCCAACAAGUCAAAGGUUUCUUCAAACAAACGUCCAGACGAGGAAGAGAGAGCUUCGAGUGCACUGUCUGCAAAAACCGACAUGUCCGCUUAUUCUGCGAAAUCUUCUAAGUCAAAAUGUUCUGAUGUUACUUUUCAAGAGAAAAGCUCGAAGAGCCCCGAUGAAAGAAGUCAGACGGAGAACCUGGAGGGAAGGUUACCAAGCAGCAUGUCUGCUAAAACAGUCCAGUCACGUGUUUCUGAGGGAUCCACAAAUUCUGCAGAAAGACCACAGAGCGUUUCUUCAACCAAAACCGAAAAGUCGUUCAUUUCGAUCAAAUCCGUCAAAUCAAAUGUUUCUGGAGCUGCAGCUGGAUUUCCUGAUGAAGAGGACAGUGCAGGUGAAUCUCGAGAGAGAUCCCAAAGUGCACAGUCGGCCAAAAACAUUCAGUCUGUUGCAACUGCCAAAUCUGCAAAGUCAAUCAAACAUCCAGGAGAUGAAAGCAUGUCUAAUCGUGAGGCGAGAGCUUCAAGUAAAAUGUCAGCCAAGUCAGGAAAAUCAACUAAAUCAAAUGUAUCAGCAGCAUCUAAAAAACCAGCGGGUGUUGGAGUUUGUUCGGAGGAGGAAGGAGACAAUGGAGACAGAAAUCUGAGACCAAUUUCAUCUCAGUCACUUGAUUCAAAUAUUUCUACUAGAACAAAUCAAACAAAUUGUUCAGAUGAUGAUUCAGUGGAAGAAGUCACAGAGGAUGAGAGAGAGCAUGUGGAGGAAAGACCACCCAGCAGCAUCUCCGUUAAGUCGUCCAUUUCAGAAAUGUCUAUAAAAUCUGUAGAGAGAAUGCCGAGUGCUUUGUCAACUAAAUCAGUCAUAUCUAAUAUUUCUGAAGUUCAGUCGAGCAGUAAUGUAGAGGAAAGGCAUGAGCGACCACAGAGCGCACUUUCAAACAAAACUGCAAAAUCCACCAUUUCUACUGAAUCGAGAGGAAUGGUUGAUCCAGCACAGGAAAAUGGUUUUGAUGAUGAGGGACAUGUGGAAAGAGCACCAGAGGACAGGGGAGAAAAGUCCAUGUCUCCUCAAUCAGUUGAGUCAAACGUGUCUGCAAAAUCCACUAAAUCUAGAUGUUCCACCAAUGUUUUUGUAAAAGAACGCUCAAACGUCUCUCAUGAAGACAAAGAGACAAAUGCAGGGAGAGGACCGAGCAGCAUGUCAACCAGAUCGGUCGAGUCAAGCGUGUCGGAAACCUCUGCAAAGAGAAUAUCUGGUGCUUUGUCAGUUAAAUCAGUCAAAUCAGAUGUUUCUGAGCUUCAGUCUAAAGCUACUGAUGAAGGAGAUGGUACAGAUGAAACAAUCCAAAGUGCACUUUCAGCUAAAAUGGUCCAAUCUACAACGUCUAUGGGGUUAAAAGAGCAUGACGGCCCGGCAAUGGAAAGCAUCUGUGGAGGCGAGGAACGAGAAGACCGAAGUCCAAGCAUUAUGUCUGCCAAAUCUGCAAGAUCUGCAAAGUCGAGUGUUUCUACGUUUUCUCAGAAUUCAGAAGUUUCUGUUGCUUCUUGCAAGCCCACAGGUGAAAAUGUUAAUGAAGAAGAACCCCAAGACGAAGGAGACAUUGAAACCCAAUCGAUGAGCUCCAUGUCUAUCCAUUCCAUGAGAUCAACUAGGUCCAAGUGUUCAGUCGAGGCUCCAGUUGAUGAAAACAUUGACAGACCCAAGUCACACGCAUCAGCUGGAGCUCAUUCAGAUACUAACCCUCUGGAAGGGAGAACUGAUGACAGAGGUCCUCAGGACAGACCGGAGAGUGCGCUUUCUGCUAAAUCGAAUGGAUCAAAAGUUCCGGUAGCUCAAACAGAAGAAAGCGCGUAUGAUUCUGAUCUUCAGGAAAGAUCUGCAAGCACUCAGACGAUCAAGUCCAGCAUUUCAGCCAGAUCAAAAAAGUCCAAAUGCUCUGAUGCUGCCCAAAUCUCAGACCGUUCCAGAGAAAAUUCCAACCAAGAACAAACCGAAGGAAGAGCUGCAAGUUGUGCAUCAGUCAAAACAAGUUUGUCUAACGUGUCUGAAAGAUCCUGCAAGUCUCAAGUUUCUGGUACUGUAAUCAAAGACGUGGAUGAACAAAGCACAGAGAGAGCCCCUAGCACUUUUUCUGCUAAAUCGACAAGAUCAGUGUCAGGCAAAUCGUCUCGCUCAGCUAAAUCUGUGAAAUCAGAAGUGUCAAAGGUCAGUGAUGUUCCUACUGAAGAAGCAAGAGCAGCGAGUACUGUGUCUGCAAAGUCAAAUGUCUCAGCACAGUCACAGGCAUCAACACGUACUAUUUCAUGUGAAGAAAGUGCAAAAGAAGAAAGCUACGUUUGUUUGUCAGAUUGCUCUGCAAACAAGUCAGCAGAGCAAGUCUCAAGGUCAAAGUCAGCAACGUCCAACAGUUCCAGAAAAUCUGAAAACAUUACUCAGGGUUUCGCUGAAGAACACACUGAGGAGUGUUCAGAUGCAUUUAAUGCUUCACGCGAAGAUCAACGUAAGAAUGUGAACCGCACAUCAAGUCGUUCCUCCAGCAAAUCUACAAAACCUGAGCAUUCAAAUGCCACAGGAGGCUCAAAAAGAUCCGGAAACUUGGAGGUUUCUCGUGAAAUAAAAGCCAAUGUGACGGGUGAAAACUCAGACGGUGAUGCUGGGAUAGGAACUUUAAGCCCAGUGUCUGUGAGGUCGGUGAAGACAAAUGUUACAUCCAUUUCUAGAAAGUCAAAAGCUUCAAACCGUUCUAGCAGAUCAGGAAAUUCAAAAGUUUCUGAACAGACAGUCAGAGAGGAAGAUCAAACACAAAGGACUGAGAGUGUGUUGUCAGUUAGGUCAAACACUCCCUCUAGCACCAACAGGUCUGGAUGUGCACUUAGAGAGAAACUCAAAAACGAAGAAGAUACCAGUUCACUUUGUGCCGUGUCGACCAAAUCAUCAAAUGAUGGAAAAACUGAAGAAGCAUCUGAGAGAAGACAAAAAAUUAUGUCGAUUAAAUCAGACGUGUCUGUGAAGUCCAAAAAAGAAGAAACAACGCUUAACCCUGUUUCAAUCCAGUCGGAUCUGUCUGACGCAGUCAGCAGAUCAGAGGUGCCCGCUGUGACCGUAGAGGAAAGUGGUGACAGGUCACCUGCAACCAUGUCGUCCAAGUCCAAAGUUUCAGGACAUUCAAAAAGGUCAAAAACAUCUGAGAUGCAAAUGAAAAAAGGUGAUGCAAAGUCUCAAAGUUCUUUAAGUGUGCACUCACAUCUGUCUGUUAAAUCCAAGAAAUCCAGAGGCACCGAAGUCUCUUCUAAAAAUGCCAGUGAGGUUGUGGGUACUUCUGGUAAGAGUACGGCCCGUUUGUGGGACAAACAAGAUUCAACUGAUAAAGGAAGCUGUAAGACAGAAAGUCGAGGGACAGAGGAAACAGAUGCUGAGGUUACCGUUGCAAAUUUCACAACUUCUCAAAGUGCAACACGACCAGUCGUCUCUCGUGCAGAGUCAAGUGAGAGUGACUUGUCACAAACUCUGUCCAGUUCAGACAUUAUCAAAGAAAUCUGUGAGAGUUCUGCGCCUGAGGAGAAUAAACUGAAUACGUCAAAAAGGAAAGUAAAUGAAACCGCAGACAGUUGUGGGAGGGUCACGGAUAAAAGCCACAAAAGCAGCAAGUCUGAGGAAAAGAACAAGGAAGCAGAUGACUUUGAUCUGGUCCCAUCCACCCUACCCAACGCAUCCCCUACUGAGGUGGUGAACGAAUGGCUGAAAACAUUACCAGAGGAGCAAGAUAUCUAUGAAAUUGAUGAACUUCAUGAAACCUGUGAUGACUUAAAAAGUAGUUCUGAAGCAGAAGAAGGCAACAGAGCUGAGGGUAACAACAAGGUUGGCCAGGAAGGUGAAGAUUCAGAAAGAAAAGAUGAGGAAAAUGGGAAUGAUGUCCAUAGCAACGGUUGUCAAGCAACAACUGAGGAAACAAAUGAAGACAACUCUUCUUCUCAACGAGAAGAUGACUCUAAGAUGAUCAACUCUUCCAUACAAGUUAUGAAAGUACUUUUAAAUCCUAAACUUGACAGAUGCAGCAGUUUACCAGAAGUCUCUCAGGUAUAUGGACGAAAGCUGAGCUCCUCAGCUAAAUGUCUUCUGGACUGCCUUGUGAAGUUGCAGUUAAUCGACCAUGAACCUAAAAAUGUAAAUGAGAAGGAUAAAAGAUACCAAGACCUAAUGAGGAUCCUUCAGUCUCUUUGGCUUUCUGAUCCUCCAGCGAAUGAACAAGUGCUAACUACGACUGAUCACCAUUCUGUUGAUGAAGAGUACAAUCACACAUCAUCGUCUGGCGUGGACGUCAACAGUGGCUCCACGGGAUCUGGGAAGAGCAGUGAUGGCGUAAAAGGUAAUGACGAUGCAACCGCUAAGCAAGCCGAAAAGGACACAGAGGUCCCAUGGCGACUGGAGGGAGAAGAAAAGCAAGAGGAUGAUGAUCCAAAAACAGAUGAAACAUUUAGAAGCAAUGAUAGCCCCAAAGAACCACCUGAAACGCCCUCAUCCACAAUCAAGAGUUCAGGAGACUCCAGCAGUACCGGCAAAAAAUGUACAGAAGAUGCUGAAACGGAAAGUCAAGAGGACACCAGAGGUCAAUAUCCCACCUUUAGCCAAGAAACGCAGCUAGCCAAAAAGCAGUGUCAUGAUCCUGAUCCCGUUUGGGUGCUGACCUUACUAACAAAAAUAGAAAAGCAGUUCAUGGCUCACUACAGCAGCGCAAUGGAGGAGUUUAAAGUUCGGUGGAAUUUGGAAGAUAGUGAUCAGCUGGACAUGAUGAUAAAUGAGCUGAAAACCGAGUUUCACCAGAAACUCCAAACAAGCAUCGACAGAGAAGUCAGGAAAAUUCAAAACCAAGUGGGAUUACCAAGACCCCCCAAAGAAACAAGGACCCGAUCGUCAAUGAUGCAAACGGAAGAGAGAAGACGGAGGCUAAAGAUCAGGGUCCAACCAUCAGCGGACUCACAAGUAGAAAAAAGUGAUGAUUCAGCAACAGAUACGUCUUACAGUGACCAGCGCAGUGAAAACAUCGAUGAACACUGUCCCUGUGAAACAUGCUUAAAGAAGAAAACGUCCUCCAUGCCCGGUCCCUCAGCACAAAUGGAAAGCAUCACACCUGCUGUCAUGGAUUAUGACCUGAAAAGGAUUCUUCUCAUGAAGAGCAAAGUUUCAGCUGAUGCCAAACCAUGUCAAAGUGAAAACAAAGAUACGGAAGCACUUCUUGUGGUGGAAGAAGUAGAAGAUGACAAAACAGACAGAAGCACUGAAGAAUCCUUGGCGACGGCAGCAGAUUAUGCUGACCACGAUGUGGUUGAGCUGGAUGAACAGGAACCCACGGAGCAGACAAAAGAAAGUGGAGAAGCUGAUGAAAAGAUUUCAGAAGAAGACACUGACAGUUCAGUCACAUCAGGUGGACAAUUCAAAACAGAAACCAAUGAAGAUCAGGAACUGGAAGACCAGUCCGAAGGUACGACAGAAAAAGAGUUUGAGAAUGAAAACGAGCCCGACAAAUCGGGACAAGUUGGAACGACAAGAAAAACAUCAGGUGAUGAAUUGCUUAAAGAACCCAGUAUGGCUCUGAGCAAUGAAGAAUCAAAAGAGGAAGCUGUUAGUAAAGAAGAGAAGACCCACUGGUCCACAGUAAAAAAGAAGGAGCUGUCGUCAGUAUGGAUGAUUUCAAAGAUGAAAAGAUCAGUGAUGCAAUCAGAAACCAAUGGCACCGCCAUUGUUAAUGAAACGGAAAACAAGGCACGAGAAGAAGCAGAAACCAAAUCUGCAGAUCUGAAUGAAGACGAGUCCGACGAAGAGAAAGCUGAAGAUGCCGUGUUGGAAAGGGAUGUAGCAGCAGACACUGACGACAACAAAGCCGAUGAAACAGCAGAAAGUGAAGAAGCAGCAGCAGAAACGUCCUCACUCGUAACAAGUGAUGCAUCAGAAGAAGACGAGGCUGAUCAAACAUCUCUAAGUGGCCGGGAAUCUGAUGCUGAUGCUGUGGAGGAGAACGAUAAAGUCAGUGAAGAUGACGCUGCAGAAGAUUUAGAGACCACCUCCAAUCAAGGAGAGACUACGAAUGAGAAGGGUGACACCAGUCACGAACUUUCAACGGAACUACCUGGAGAAGAGAAUGAAGAUGAGCCUGUUGCUGGGAUGGAGAUUGAAGAUCUGAGUACAAAUCACAGCAACACCGUCGCAGCAGAAGGUGGAAACAUGGAAGAAAGCACUUUAGCAGCCACAGAGAAGGUCUCUCCUAUUAGUGGAGAUGAAUCCUCAGAUGAAGACAAUGAUUCAGCAAUUGACUCAUCAAGAGAACAAGGUGCAGUGAAAACAAGUAAAGUCUCAGGGGAAGAUAAAUCAGAGGAUGAUGCCACCAACACUGAAGGUCCUGAUGUGGCUACCAGCACUGAUCAUGAACCUGAUGAUGAGGAUGUUGAAGAAGGAGAAAAUGUUAAUCCAGGAGAGGAAACUGGAGUUCAAAGUGAAACGGAUGCUGCUGAAAAUCCUGCAAGCUCUUUAGAAGAUGAGACAACCGAUGCAUCAGAGACCUCUGUAGGAGCUACAAGUGAACGUUAUUCUGAAAAUGAUGCCACAGAUGAAGAGAAGCUCCCUGCCAUCAGUGCAGAUGAGUCUUCAGAUGAAAAGAAUGAUUCAGUCAUGGCUGAUGAAUCAUCAAAACAACCAGAAGAAGAUUCAACAGCUAGAAAUGCUGUGACCGAAGGGGAUGAACCUCAGGAUGAAGCUCUGGAUCAAAUUCAGAAAGAAGACACUGAAAAAAUGAUGGUGGAUGAUGGAAAUGAACUCAGGAGUGUCUCUGAAGAGGAUUCCGGAGGCGAGGAGGAUGAAACUGCUGAAGAGAAUGAUGUUCUGAGUAGUGAACUGUCAACUCAGCAUGAUGACAAAGACACCAAAGAAGGAGAAACCAGAGCUGAGGAGGAGCAUGCAGAAGAAAACAGUUUGACAACCAAAAGUGAAGAGGAGUCUGAAGAAGACGAAGCUGGAGAUGAUGAAGAAGAGGAAGAUGACCUUGAAGAUGAACCUAUUUCUGAAAAACAUAAGCCUAAUCUGGCAGUUAUAAAUGAAAAAGAAGAAGAGACUGAUGGAGAUACAACUGAACGUGAGUCUGACUCAGGAGACGAGACCGCCGAAGAACGUUGUGUCAAAACCACUGAAGCUAAGGAGACUACUGAUGACAGAGAGGGAGGUUCUGGAGGAGGUACGGAUGCUCUCUCAGGUGAAGAAACUUCAACUGCAGACUCGAAACAGGAGACCGAGAAAGUCUCGAAUGAAAGUGAGGAGGAACAGGAUGAAACAACAUCUGGAGAAGAAAAAGAAACCGAAUCUGUGAGCGAAGAAAACGCCAAAGCCAUGAGGGACAAGACGUCAGAAGACGUGAGUGAAAACUCUUCAUCGGAUGGGGAGCAAUCUGUGGAAAAGUUAAGAGCACGGCAAAGCACGGGACAAGAAGAUACAUCAAAUGUGAAAAAUGAAGAUUCUGGAGACCAAUCUGAAUGUGAGACGGUAGAUGAGACAGGCCAGGAAGCUACGGAAGACCAAGAGACUGGAAGUGAAGCAGAAGAUGGAGUUAGAUCAGCUGAGGAGCUUGAUGAGAAAGAAUGUUCAGAACAAAACGAUGAGGAAAGCGACACAUCGAACAAUGAUGGAUCAGUAGAGAGCAAAACUCCUGGAGAUGAAUCAGAUGAAGACGAAGGUGGAAGGGAGUCUGAAUCCAAAUGUGAUGCAGACAUUGUGACAAGUCAAAAUGAGACGGAAGCCCGGGAAAUUGCCGAGGAAGAGUCUAGUGAACUUGAUGUGGAAGGCAGUGAGAUUCCAAUAAGUGAUGUUGGAGAAAAAAUCCCAGAGCAGGUUGGAACAGGUGGGGAGGAGUUCACGGACGGUGCAGAAGAUGAAGCUGUACAAGAUGAGGAGCAUCAGCUUAGGGGAGAUCAGGAUGCAGAUACCGUGAGUAAACCCGAGUCUGUUUCUGAUACAGUCAAACACAUAGGAGAAGAAGACUCGACUGAUGUUCAUCAGGAAAACAGCAGAAGCUGUGAGACUGACCAAGAAAAAGCUAAAGACUCUGAAAAAGAAGACGAGGAAACAAAGAAGCCCGACGAAGACUGGAAUGGAAACCAGGGAGAGUCGGCUGAUGGAGAAGAUGAAGCCGAGGAAGACUCGGAUGAACCUGAGGAUGAAUCUGAUGACUGUUGUCAGCCUUUCACUAUAAACACAGCAGGCAGUUGUGAUGCGUUUCAGAAAGCAGCCAAACAAACAACGCUAAUGCCUCUAGAGCCGUUGGAAAAAGAGAGUGUUGAAUCAGAGGACGGCGCUUACGCCGACGUGGAAGAUUCUGAGACCGAGAUAAACAGCCAAGAGGACGCUCUAAGCCGCGAGUCGAAGAGUUUGAACGAGAGUUGACUUUGGAAACAUCUAAGGACUUUGUUACAAAACCCAAAUGUGGCUCUGCCGAGUUGAUGCUGCAGGUCGAGGUAAAUCUGAACUCUAAGCACAGUAACAAUUAGUUUAUAAUAAACAAGAACCAAACUAUUUACCUGCACUUUGUUAAGCUUAAACCACACAGCUGCUCAUGCACUCGUAUGACGAUACAAAAUCUGAAAUACUUGAAUGUACUAUGUACUUGAUGUAGAAAUGUAGCGAUACUUCCGCGUUGCACAAUUAGCGUGAUUACGGCUGUGAUAAACUCCGUAUGUAGAACAGAUUUAACUCACGGCUGUUAUAAUAAACACUUACAUGCACAGAAACUACACUGUAAAAAAUAAAAUGUUGAAUUUACUUAACCAAGUUACCUCGUUGCUUAGGUGUAAAGAGUACCAUACAUUUAAUUUUAACUAGGGGUGGGAAUUUAACAUGUUGAUUACGAUAAAUUAAUUAGAAAAAUAAAGUGUUAAAAAUGUUCCUCUUCGAGCCCGAGCGUCCCCCAAUUGGGAGCCGGAAAGUUUUGCAUCACAAUUCAUACAGUUUAAAGUUGCAGUGUGUAGUUUCCAGCCACUAGAGGGCAGUACAUAGACGCAUUUUAGGGGAGUUUUACACCACAUCUUCCUGACUGUUGCUAGUUUAAAAAACAUUACAAUAAAUAUUACCUGUGGAGCAGAAAGAAUGCAACCUUGGUGUGACUCCUCAGACUUUGAUGGUUCUUCAGGUAAUUCUAUAAGAGAAUGCAAUCCAAUUGUUGUUUUCAGGUGCUGUACUUUCCGGAACUGCUUGGGGCUUGCGCCUGCCGAUGACAUCAUCAUACUAUGACAAUACCAUUCAGCCAAAUUAUAUUGCAUCUCUUUUUCAAAUCCGUUCUUUUAUGUAUGUUUAGGAAAAAGUUUUGCAAUUUUGUUAUUAAAUUCCUGUGUCUUACUACCAAAAUGUUUUUGAACGAGGUAACGUUACUUCCAAAAGUUGUAUUUUCAGCCAAUGAUCUGUUGUGAUGUCAUCAACAGGCGCAGGACCCCAAGCUGGUCAGAAGGAAGCAUGGCGCCCCCCAAAGAUGCUAGACCCGCACCAUAUUUACUUUAGACCUGAUUUGUUUGGUUAAAUGGUAAGAAGCCGCCAAUGUUUUUUAACAACUGGCCAUCGCUUUAUUUAUUUCCAACAACGUUUUGAUGAAUAUUUUCAGUGACUAAAGUUAAAAACUAUUGAUUGUCUCUUUAAUAAAUGCCGUCAAGCUGCACCUCUGACAAGCAUAGUGGCAGCAUUCAUCCUGUAACUCUCAGCAGAACUUCUCCUUGAACUCUACACUACACCUCUAUAUAUAUUAGCAGUGCUCUGCUGCCACCUAGUGUUCAGUUCAGUUCCCAACAUUUACAAUGUUCCAUGUUUGUUUACACUUCAUCAAUAACACAUACACUAAUAUUUACACUUCCCAACAAAUCCCACAAUGGUUACCUUUAUAACAAGACCAACGUAAACAAAUAGAUCUUGUAAUUACAGAAAUACACUCAUUUAACUGUGGGUGGGCCAUUUGUGCCUCACUGAUGUAAUUUUUAAUUUGAAAAAAAAAAUUUGCUUGAGCGCAAAUAGUUUUGAAUAAUAAAAAUUUGAUUAAUCAAGAUUAAUUAAUUACAAAACCUCUAAUUAAUUAGAUUAAUUUUUAAUCAGUCCCACCCCUAGUUUUAACAUGGCUAUGCAUAUUACUAACUAUAUUAAGUGGAACCAACUGGCAUAACUUGGUUAAGUAAAUUUAACAUUUUAUUUCUUGAACCAUUGUUGCUGCUCAUUUUAAGUAGGAACAUAUAUAUAUUUUAUUUAAUACAGAAUGUUUUGACCUUAUAUCAGUAUUAAAUUAAAAAGAAGCUUGAUUUUUGGAAGUUUAUGACACAGUUGUGUAGUAAAUAGAAGAAAAAACUAAGUUGGAUGAUAAAAAUGUUGUCUUUUCAGAUCCUUCAGAUAACCAAAUAAUAGCAGACAGCUUUUCGUGACACGAAAAACCCCAUAAUGUUCUGUUUUAGCUGGUUCAGCUGUUUCUUUUGGGAUGUUAUCAUCUGUAAUCCAAACUUGCUUUUACUGAAUGUCAUUCUCAUAUUGUCUCUACAAAUAAAGUUUAAUAAAGCCACAUUUGUCAUUAAUUCAUUAUUCCCCACCUAAAAUUGUUAAAUCAUUAAAAGUGUUAGCACUCCAUAUUGAACACAAUCUGAGAUGUCGCUUUAUGAUCAACGCUAAAAAUACCAUAAAAAAUAAACGUUUGUCUGCUCACUUGAGCAAUUUUUUGAUCAAAUUUCCAAACUAUAUCCCAGCUGUUUUACUUAGGGAGGU